AUGUUCUUCUUCUUAUUGUUGAUAUCAAUUGCAAUUGCUGCUCCAGCUGUUGAUGCAGGAAAACAAACUGGAAUUGAAGUUAGUAAGAACAAAGCUAAAGCAGUAAAUAAUUUAAGAAAAGCUGAGACACUUAAAGAGAAAUCUAUUAAUGCCAAGUCAUCAGGAAACAAAGUUGUUGCUAAAGAUUUAAAGAAAAAGUCAACUAAACUUGUUAAAAAAGCUGUUAAAGAACAACAAAAAGCUGUUGUCCCAACUAAGAAACAAGUCAAAAAAGCAGUAAAGAAACAAUUAAAUAAAGCAUCUAAAUUAAUUAAACAGGCUAAAGAAGCUAGAAAAGAAGAAAAAGUUGCUAAACAAAAUGGAAAUAUUCAAGUUGCUGCUCAAAUGAAAAAUGUAGCAGGUUCUUUAGUUAAGAAAGCCAUUAAAAAACAAGUUAAAGCUAUGAAUAUUGCUAAAACUAAAGUUGUUAAGAAAUCACAAAAGAAAUCAGUCAAGAAAGCUGUUAAAAAAGCAAUUAAAUUAGAGAAGAAAGCAGUAAAAGAUGCUGCUAAAGGAAACAUUAAUAAAGCUAAUAAAGAAGUUGCUCAAGCAAAAAAAAUUGUUAAAAAAGCAGGAAAUAAAGCAGCAGUUAAAGCUAAGACAGUAACAAAAGCUGUUAAACUUGCUAAUAAAGCAAUACUUACAGAAAAGAAAGUAGUUAAAUCACUUCUUAAUGGUAAUGUUAAAAACGCUAUCAAACAAGUUAGUAAAGUUCAAAAUCAAAUGAAGAAAGCACAAAAAUCACUUGGAGCAAAAUCUAAAAAGGUUAGUGUAAAGAAAGCAAGUAAAUUAAUUAAGAAAUCAGCUAAGACUGAAAAGAAAGCUAUAAAAGUUAUUGCAAAAGGUAAUGCUCGUAAGGCACAACAACUUAUUAAAAAAGCAGUUAAAAUUGCUAAAAAAUCUGUUUCAAAGAUUCCAAAACAAAAAUCAUCAAAAAAAAUUGCUAAAGUAAUUAAAAAGGUAGUUACACUUGAACAAAAGGCAUUCCAAAAAGUAGUUACUGGAAAUCAACGUAUUGCUAAGAAUAUAAUUAAAAAAGCAGUUAAAUUAUCUAAAAAAGCAGUUAAAGCAGCUAAGAAAUUAAAUGGAAAGAAGUUAGCAAAUAAAGAUUCUGUAAAGAAAGUUGCUAAAAAGCAAACUAAGAAACAAGCUAAAAAGGUUGUCAAAAAAGUUGCUAAGAAACAAGUUAAGAAAUUAGUUAAAAAGAUGUUCAAUACACCAGUUGUUAAGAAAUACGUCCCACAAAAACCAAGAUACUAUAAACCAACAAAGUUUGUUACUCCAGUUGAGUCUACUGCUGGAGGAUUUGUCCAACCAUUGAAUUCACCAUACGUUGCAUGUUCUCAUUAUGCCCAUUAA